AUGUUUCCAACCCUGAGAAUAUCCCCGACUAGUAUGGUUGUACUAGGAUUGUGUAUAGCAUCUGUCCGAUCGUCUGAAGUUCACCGAUGUCCGUCAGACUUGACCGGUACCAUGUACACACACAAUGGCCAGUGUUACCGCUACGUGAACUCUCGCGUGACGUGGGACGUCGCUAGAGCAGACUGUUCAUCCAGGAAUGGCGGCCAUCUUGUUGUAAUCCUUGACCGGUCCACCCAAGAUUUUAUUUCCUCGCUACAAUUUCCCAAAUACACCCAACAGGUGUGGAUAGGAUUUUCUGACAGGAAGCGCGAACAGGCGUGGACAUGGGUCACAGGUGACGUGAGGACCUUUAAAUUUUGGGCGAUAGGCAAUCCGGUAUUAUGUUUUGGAAACAAUGUCUUAUGUCCGGAGGACUGUGCAUACUUGCGGACAUCGGACGGACGAUGGAUAGAGGAUAAAUGUAAUGAUGUUCAUGUCAAAUAUCAAUACAUCUGUCAGUAUGAUAUGUCGUCAACGACAACAUCACCAACGACAACGACGUCAAUAAUUACGACGAUGCUGGCGACCCCAGCAACGACACCAUAUCAAACUACAACCACAACGACAUCAACUGCUAUGCCAUCUACAACUACCAAAACACCGUCGACAACAAAAACAAAAAAGUCCUUGCCAUUAACAUCAAAGACGGUCACUCCUGUUAGCUUGACAACGACGCAUGCGUCUACAACUGGCAGUCCGGUGGCUGGAGGAACGGGUCAGUUAUUAGACGAAGACAAGGCUUUAUCAAAAGGUGGUCUUGUUGGUCUAGUUCUGGCGUUGGUUGUCGUCCUAGGUGUCAUCGCUGUUGUCCUUCUGGUGAUUAUCCGUAAACGAAACAGAAGAAAGCGGUAUGAAGAAGAUGACAUACCGGUGCGGUUUGAAAACCGUACCUAUGACACAAACCGACCUCCUAAUUUAUUUGUCGACGAACAAACAGUGAUUUCUAACGGCCUACGUUCAACAGAAAAUAUUUAUGCGACACCGGCACCCAAACCAUGUAAUAACAGAGUUUUGCACCAGAAUGCGUACGAUAUACCAGACAACUGUGACGUCUCAGCUGGACAUUACGACACCGUGAAGGACUGUGAUAUGAUUGAUUUAGAUGUUGACAAGAACGGUGCUUACACAACAAACGGCGACAUGGAGGAUUCAACCUACUCCGAUACAAAGCCAAAGAAAGGAACGGGCUUGGAAGUCUUCGAAAACCGAACAAAUGACGAACUUCUCAAAUGUUUUGAAAAAUUCAACAAGGCCCCAACAGCAUAUAACAACAAUUUGUACAGUGGGGAUAGCAACGGUUAA